AUGGCUUCAAGCUCACUCUCUACUCCAAGUGGUCUUUCUCUCCCUCCUACCAGGGCAUGCACAGCGACCGUGCUCUACUCCNUGUUCCAGCUCUGUCUCAGUGUUUACAGGCUCCUCACCGGAUCUCCCAUCACACCAUCCCGCUUCCAAGCUUGGCUUUGCUUCACCUCCGAUCAGCUCUUUGGUUAUUUGAUGAUGAGCGCCGGAUCAGCCGGUUCUGGAGUUACCAACCUCAACAAAACUGGCAUCAGACACACUCCUCUUCCUGACUUCUGCAAGACCCUUUCUUCUUUCUGCAAUCACGUCGCCCUCUCUCUCCUCUUAGUCUUCCUCUCCUUCGUUUUCCUCGCCUCCUCUUCCCUCUUUAAUGUCCUUGUGCUCUCCUCCACUCCCUAG